AUGUAUAAAUGGACAGUGUUUGGCGAGCAAGUAAAUUCCAUAAGCUCGGAUCUUGCAGAGCUCAAGGUUUCUGGCUGCAGUGUUACUUCUGAACCAAAGAAGAAAAAGCUCGAGAGCUCAAACGAGAACUCAACCGGGAACUCAGACGAGAAUCAGACAACGAUUAUAGUUGGGAAAGACCAGGAAUUUGCAUCUAGUGUUAACGAAAACAGUUAUACUCAUCAUCAUCAGCAGCAGCAGAAGCAGCAUCAGCAACAACAGCAGAAGCAGCAGCAACAACAUCAUCACCACCAUAAUCAGCAUUACCAAAAGCAAAGUAAGCAGCAUUUACAGCAGUACUUUGUCAAUUACAACCAACAAGGACUUCAUUACGUGUAUUUCUCACCUACAAGUUCGCCAGUAGCUUCUCCAAUUUCCAGGAGACACAAUAGCAACUAUAACAGUAGGAGAUCGGCUUCAACAGACCAUAUUCCAUCCUUGCCUUACGGAAAGACAACAGGAAGUUUAGAUUACCUAGAAAAAGCUAGAAGCAGAAGUACACCAGACUACAGAAGCAAGACUUUCCAGAAUACAAUGUCACAAAAGAAGAUAUUUGGUGUUACGGGUCCUAUAUCUACGGAAGGACCUACGGCAGCCGAGAAUGCGUUGAACGACUCAUUGAUCCAACAGUUGAAGAAGGAAGGGUCGUUCGAAACAGAGGAAGAGACGGCUAAAAGAGUCGUCGUUAUGGAAACAUUCCAAAAGCUAACACAAGAAUUUGUAUAUCAAGUAUCAAAGAAGAAAAACAUGUCUGACGGUAUGGCCCGUGAUGCUGGUGGAAAAAUCUUUACUUUUGGUUCCUAUAGACUAGGGGUUCAUGGACCAGGCUCCGAUAUCGAUGCAUUAGUUGUUGCGCCGAAACAUGUAACUAGAGAAGAUUUUUUCACCGUUUUUGAUAAGCUUUUAAGAGAAAGACCUGAGGUUGAGGAAAUCGCGUCAGUCCCCGAUGCAUUCGUUCCUAUCAUUGGUAUAAAGUUCAGUGGCAUAUCUAUCGAUUUGCUAUUCGCAAGACUUGAUUUGCCUCAAGUCCCUAUCACAUUGACUUUGAGCGACAAGAACUUGCUAAGAAAUGUGGAUGAAAAGGAUCUAAGAGCAUUGAACGGUACUAGAGUGACAGAUGAGAUCUUGGAGCUAGUGCCAAACAAGACUUCUUUUAAAAUUGCUUUAAGAGCCAUAAAAAUAUGGGCAAAGAGAAGGGCUGUUUACGCAAACGUGUUUGGGUUCCCUGGUGGUGUGGCAUGGGCGAUGCUAGUAGCUAGAAUUUGCCAGUUGUACCCUAACGCUUGCAGUGCGGUAAUAUUAUCAAAAUUCUUCCAAAUCUUAUCUCGUUGGAAGUGGCCACAGCCAGUCCUACUAAAGCCUAUAGAGGAUGGGCCUUUACAAGUACGUGUAUGGAACCCCAAGAUUUACGCCCAAGAUAGAUCACAUAAAAUGCCCGUCAUUACUCCUGCAUAUCCCUCUAUGUGUGCCACACACAACAUUAAUGAAUCGACCAAGAAAGUUAUUCUAUCUGAAUUGAAGAGAGGUGUAGAGAUUACCCAAAAGAUAUUCAGUAACGAACUCUCUUGGGGUGAUUUGUUCAAAAGACAUAACUUCUUCUUCAAAUACAAAUUCUACCUUACCGUUAUGGUAUCUACCAAGGGCACAGAUGAACAACACUUGAAAUGGAGUGGUUUUGUUGAGAGUAAGCUCAGGUUGUUGAUUCAAAAACUAGAGGUACUACCGGGCAUCAACCUAGCCCAUCCAUACAUCGAGCCCUAUCAAUCAAGCUACAUCUACAAGAAUGAGGACGAAUACAAAGAUAUUAUGAACAACUACGGAACACAUAAAACAGAGCGUGCAUUAAAGAAAUUCACCAAAAUCACUGAAGAGAAUAAGGACACAGAAGAAUCUAAGAACGCAAACCAAGUUCACAUUUCUACUAUGUUUAUUGGACUUGACAUCAACACAGAAGAAAGCAACAAAAUCGAUAUUCAUAUCCCAUGCCAGGAGUUUUUCAACUUGUGUCGGUCGCUACCAGAGUAUGAGGAUCCCGAGAUUUUCUCCUUGAUAAUCAAGUAUGUAAAAGUACACGAUUUACCAGAUGAAGUCUAUCAAGAAGGCGAAACGCGUCCUGUUAAAUCGAGCAAAAAGCGGAAACCAGAAAAAAGCGGAGAAAAGAGCAAGAGACCUAAAUCGGACCCAUCUAGUGCCAAUUCUACCGCUGAGAAAGCAUCGGAAAAAGAAGAUGCAUCCAGCAAUGGUGACAAAUCUGAAUCGAAUAACAAGCAGCCUUCGUCAGAAGACAUUACACAAAAUAAUCUCAACGACGGCUCUAACUCCGGCUCUAAUCCUAAAGCUCCUGCUAGUAACGGUAUUUCAGAAGGAGCAGUGACUUCAGUAAGCCAAUAA